GUUUUCAAGAAAUGGUCACGAGGAUAUGUAUUGCUCAUUUGACGGUGCAGCAGCUCUCCUUAGGCAACUGAAGCAGGCGCUUAGCAAUGAUUCUUCUUGCCAACCUGAUCCUGCUGGUCUCCCUAAUAUAUGUGCAUGGCUUCAGCAUGUUCAAAAGUGGGAAAGGAACGAAUGGUGUAAAAGCUCCUCUGGAAAACCUUCCAAAACCGUGCAGGAAGCCGCCGUUUAUUGGCGUCUGCCAUCCAUUGAAGGAAGCUUGGUAUUACGAUCAAAAUGCGAACUGCUGUAAAAUGUUGCAACCGGGCACAUGUGCUGGAGGCAACAACCUGUUUCCGACAAUGAAGAAAUGUAUGAAAGAGUGCAUGCCUCUCACACCAAGAAAUUCGAGAGUGUGCCUUCAGCGACCUGUGGAAGGGACCUGUGAGCCACUUCUUGUUGCUUGGUAUUUUGAUACCGAGAGCAGCUAUUGCAAGAUGUUCAACCAUACCAUCUGUGGUGGAGGUCCCAAUUUAUUUUUGACAGAGAUGAAGUGCCAGCAAGCCUGCCAACCGAACGAGAAACCAAAGCCCUACUGUAGCAUGGCGCCAACUCCUGGAAAGUGCUGGGGCGGAAAGCGCCACUGGUAUUUUGACGAGAAAACAAACAACUGUUAUCUUUUUGCUGACAAACGUUGCGGCAAGAAUAAUAACGCAUUUUCAUCGUACCAGAAGUGCAUGCAAAGAUGCAGCCAUAACAAAGCAACUUCAACGUGUGUAAACUGCGAGCAAACGCAUAAAAAUGAGCUACCUUCAACGAUGGCACCCGGCCAGCCCAGCCAGCCCAUCCAACCCGUAAAUUCCAACGAGAUUCCUCUCUAUAGGCCACAUCAGCUACCGCCCCAACCCAGCUUCUCCAAGAAACACCUUGCGGGGGCCGUACCUACCUUGCCCGGCAUUGGCACACCUUUGCCAGCAGGAACAAAGCUUCGAUAACUCUGCCAACAAUGCGCUUAAAAGAUGAAGACUGCUCGUAUCUCUUUCAUACUGAAUGUAGCUUAUGAAAAAGUUGGGACACAACUGCCACAAUAAUAAAACAGAGGAUUCCGGCUGUAA